AUGCCUUUGUUUUUGAAUGUUUGGACUCCUACGGUCAGCCUUAGAAAAGAGGGUAUUAAGACAGUGCCAGUUUGGGUUAAGUUGCAUAAUGUCCCCCUUGCGGUGUACACGGAUGACGGGUUGAGCUUGUUAGCUUCUAAACUAGGAUCCCCCAAGCGGCUUGAUGGUUAUACAGCUGAUAUGUGUUCAGACCACUGGGGUCGGAGUAGUUUUGCCAGGGCUUUAAUUGAAAUUAAUGCGGAUUCUGAUAUUAAGGAGUGUGUUACGGUUGCUAUUCCUAAGCUUGAUGAGGAGGGAUAUGUUACUGAAAGUAUUAGAGUAGAAUAUGAAUGGAAGCCUCAACGAUGUUCGGGUUGUUGUGUUUUUGGGCACAAUGAUCAGUCAUGUCCUAAAGUUGUGAACAAUAAGAAAGAUAAGCAAGUUGUGGUGGACGAGGAUGGCUUUGUUACGGAAAAAAGGAAAACGGCUAGAGUAGGAACGAUGCCAAAGAAGCAGAGACAAAAGUUCAUCUAUAGACCAAAGGUGGCUAAUGCGGGUGCCAGUUCUUCGGGUACUAAACAUGACAAACCUAACAAUGCCAAUCGAGAUAGUGUGGAGAUCAGGAACUCGUUUGAAGCUCUAAAUAGUACGGAGGGGGAUGUUCGUGUGGUGGAUAAUGAGAAACAUUAUGAUUCGGGUCCUCAGGCAAACGUUGGUAAUAAAAAUGGUUCUCUUCAAGAAGAGGAAGUUGUUGACAGAGUUCCAACGGAAAUGGCUAGCUUUAUGUCUAGCAAGUCUGUGGGGAAAAACGCUGAGGGGGCAAGCACUCCCGGUUUGACGGGUUUAAAUGGGUAG